AUGCUCUGUGCUUCGAGCACGGGCAACUUCCAGCCAGCAUCACUGCGGUUACUUUCUUGCACUAGAUGCUCGCCCGCGGCGCCGAAACAUGUUUUGCUUGCAUCCACCAUCCUUUCCUCAACCCUUUUCUCCUUCCCUCCGCCCCUCGUGAAGGGUUCUCCUGGUGGCCAUCCGCGCCACCCCCCGCGCCACCUUGGGCCAGGGCCUCUUCUGGCAGCACCCGGCUAUUCCUUUGCACGGCUGCGCGUAGCCUGUCGUGUUGUCAUCGCCGAGCUGCCUGUGUUGGGCAGCGUUGUGCCCAGAUCGCUUAUGACGCGACGCGACGUCGAUUAA